AUGCCUCCACAGCACAGAAAGACCCGCAAUGCCUGGAGCCGCGAAGAGAACCGCCGUCUUUUGCGCCUGAGAGAGGAACAUAAGGAUCUUAGUUGGGAAAAGUUUCAUGAGUUAAACUUCUUCCCAGACCGAACACUCCAAGCACUCCAGGUCCAGUAUUUCCGACUCCACAAAGGGCGGAAGAAAGCCGCCAUCAGGGCUCGCAGUCGCAGUCUCGCACCAAGAGCUAGUAUCCGUCCAAGACGCACCACGGCCGCGACUCGCCAGCGGCGCGCAAAGGCGAGCCAGACCAAGUACCCGAUCGUCUUUGAUAACUCGGACGACGACGACUACGAAACCGACCAUGGCGAUGAAGACGGAGAACGAGACUUGUCGAGAAGUCAAACGCCGCUGGUGCGAGCUUUGCCAGAACCCUCGAUAGAGGAUAGAUUGCAGAGAGCCCGAGAAAUGACAUCUGCAACUGUUCAACCUGCAAUACAGCCUUCUACCAGAGACGAAAUUGCACCGUCUAGCCAUACCGGUAAAUUGAGACAGCCGCCGAAACCUGUUCUCCCGAGUACCACGGCGACACCAGAGCCUACUGCGGAUCCGUUCGCUCAGUCGACGCCUACUAAUCCAACUCCCAAGUACAACCAAGUGCAGGGGUCACGGGCGUGGUCGGCGAUCCAUACAAUCCCGCCGUCUCCAGAGUUAACACCGCACUCUGCGGGUCCUGUCCACCAGUUUCGCGAUGCAUCCUCCGUGGCCUGGAACACAUUUGGCGAGGCAUCAAGCACAGUCUCAGGGCAAAUUCCUCGCAAGACCAGUGAUGAACAAGAUAUAGGCCCACGCGCGUCACCUGCUACAUCCCCAAAGCCGGCCCCGGCAGGAUACUACUUGAGCGAAGCCACCAGCUAUCUAGCCCUAUGGUCCGAAGUCACCGAAAGCAAGCACGCGGCUGAUAUAGAGAAGCUGCAGGCGGAAAAUUCCCGGAUAAGGAGGGAGUUCGAGGCUCGCGUAUCCUCUCUUGAUGGGAUUGCUGCUGAGCGGGAUCGCCUAAGGGAAGAGAAGGGGGAGUUGGAGAGACGCAUUGAGGAGUUGAAGAGGAAGACGGAGGAGGAUAUCCAGCGGAUAACGGGGGUCUGCAGGACUAUGAGCGAGUUUGAGAAUUUAAAGGUUCUUGAUAUGUUGGGGUUUAGGACGAAGCAGUGA